UUCUGUCUCCCCUGGCGCCUGCCGGCCGCGGUGCGCGCGGGCUACACCCAUGAGUGAGAGGGAGAAGAAGAGCAACGGCGACGUCGAGCUCCGCGCGAGUCAGUCGUCCGCGCACCCUCUGACGGAGAGGGUGGCUCGCAAAUUCGCUUACGAAAAGGUCUCGAGACGGGCUCACUCAUAAACCGAGCCGCCGAUUUAUCUCGCGCCCACAGAUCGUCGGUGCUUCAUUCUCGAUCGGACCCUGAAUCGCGUCUCCGGAGACACUCGUUCGCUGGGGGGGUUGCAAAAAUUUCUAAAAUCUCGGUGUGUCAGUGUGUGGUUCGAAAAAUAAAUGAAGCGAUAAUAAAUAACAAGAAAAAAGGGUUUUUUUACGAUCGAGUCGAUCGCCGUCGAUCCACGCCCGGAAAAUAAUCUCCCAUGAAAAUAUUGAAUUUCGAUAAAUUGCCUGGCCAUCGGACGAAGCAUCGUGAUAUUCGGACGAGCGCAGCAGCUGAUCAAAACCGGACAACCUCCGGACUCAAGACGGGGAACGAUGUGAGAGAGUCGUCCGGCGAAGAGCCGAAGCGGAGCGAGGGUCGUCUCGACGAAAUCACGAACACUUGGAAGGACGUUAAGCGGGCGCUGAGCCUGCUGUGCGUCAAGACUUUUUCGUCGAACGCAGCGAUGCUGGAGGCGCCGCCGGGUAGUCGUGAGGACCUGGUGGAAGCAGCGAGAACCCCUUGCACGCCGACAGAUCUGGACACGAUGCUGUACGGUUACACGAACAGCAUUUACGUACUGGAUCACACCCCGGAGUCUCUGCCGGACAUGGACAUGCUGCAGCUUUUUGCAUCGCCCGCAGGUCGAGCCCUGGUGACAGGUGACAAUCGUUCAUCGACAACGUCGUCGAGAACGCGAGGAGGAUCGAGCUCGUCGACCUCGUUGUCGCGCGAGUCCUCACUGAGAGGAAAGAAGUCGAGGAGGGCUUCGAGUACGGUCAGUCUUCCAACGCCGCCACCCCGACAGCGUAAAUCGAGUGCCGAACUGUACAAAGAGGCUGUCGAGAUACUGGGUCUCACGUGUUCCUUAACUGACAGCUGUCGUUGCCUCGAUUGUCAGAGCAACUAUUUCGACUGUGACGACGACUGCGGUGACGCGAGAACGGAGCUGGCAGCGGGCACGCCGAUCCUGUUGGACCACGCGCUAACUCACCCGCUGACCUGUUCCAUUCAGUAGCGAAGAGGCGUUCGAGACAGGAUCGCGAAGGCGGAGGAAGAAAAAAAAGGGAUAAAUUGGAAGGCCUACGAAUAAGGAGAAAGCCGACGCAGCAGAGCGACGAUCCCCUCGGAUCGAGCAUCGAUUCAUAGAAAUAAAUUUCUUCCAUUUUUUUCCUUUCAUUCGCUAAAAACUAUUUUCCUCGUUGUGGUACAGGCGAAGGAGAAAACAAAAUCGAAGCUCUGCCGCGAGCGAGCGUUAAAUGCAUGUAUAAAUGUCUUUCGAAUUCCUUUUUCAUAAAACAAAAACGUUCACUAAUGGAGCUCCCGCAAUUUUUGUACAUAGAGUGUACGACGCGUGUUACUAUUUACAACGCCAAAUUUUGACGAUAUUAUUCAAAAGAUAAAAAUGACUUAAAUUGUAUUAAUGAAACAACUCGUGCCAAAAAUCCCGCCAAAAUUAUCGGUCGCCGCGAUCGAACGUACCUACGAUAGCGAUAAUUUAUGAAGCAGAACGUACCAGCACGUAAGGUGCUUUACUUUUGAACGCUGGAGCCUUGCACCGCAUCGAAAACGAGCCCAAAAAUGUUAAAUUUCAAAAACUAAAAAUUUCUUUUCGCUUACCUCGAUUUUUCACCAUCAAACACUCCACGAAACUCAUCAAACUCCACGCCAUUCUCUUCCUUGUAAAAAAACGAAGAGAAUCGACUAUAAUAAAAGCAAAUUAUCACGCCAAACGAGCGUUUUAUACUGUCGGAAAGAUCGCAACAGUUUUCGAGCUCGCUGCAGGGCUCCGCGCUCGAAAAAUAGUCCGUAAGGCUCUUCGGAGGUUAUGUUCAAACGCUCCACGCAACUCGAGAGGCAUGCGUAUGUAUAGCCGUUAUUUACGGAAUUGUCGUACUUUAGAUCGCGCUAAAUGACGAAUAAUAAAUAAUAAUAAUUAAAACUAAUUACAAUGAUAAAGAAAAUAGUGAAUUAAAGAAGCGUAAAGUAACGAUAAAAUGAAUCUACUCGUUAUGAAUUUAUUACAGGAUUUUAUUAACGCGAACUUAUUUGUAUAAACGUAUGCGUAACGAGUAUGCGAGGAAGUGAACGAAUCGUUUAAGAGAAAGAGAUAAAGUAAUGGAGAAGACGAAAAUGUGACAGUUUUGUCGGUGGAAUGAUCGGUCUACGCGAAACUGAGCGAAGGGGCGGGGAGAGAGAAAAAUAGUGUGACAACGACGAACGAAGCGGUAAACGAGGUUAGCCCUGAGUGACGUAUGCUUCCGCGGCGUCUGCGAAUGUCUCCCGAAAGUUCCGAGCCGACCGUUGGUUCAUGUUUCUGGGGUGGGGGGUGAAGUAGUAACCCCCAAAGAUAACAAAAAAAAUCAAAGGAUCGAAAGUGCCAAAAACGUUGAGAGUCAAAAGCAAAACAAAAACAUUCGCAGUGGCUAAAUGUGCGUGUGUGCCUGCGUGCGCGAGUGUGCGAGGUUAGAAUACGUAAUCGCUGCGAGUAUAAAACAAGCGCGUGAGAAAGUCUCAUAAAAUAAGGAAAAAAUCAUUGUCACAACAUUAGGAAAUAUAUCGCGAGUCAUGCGAGAAUGCGAGAGCGGACUAAACGUAACUGCAUCAGAGAUCAUUUCUUAAGCUUAGAUAGAGAAAAUACUCGAUCGCUGCUCGCGCCGAGCGAUCUGUGCCCGAGGACAGGCUUGAGAAAAAUUGUGCAAAAAAAGAAAAAAAACGAGAUCGAAGGAGGAUUUUGGUGGGAAGCAAGCGCGUCCGAAAGUCAGCCGCGAGUCAACUUCUGUGUCCUCGAUCUACUUAGAUCGACUCUAUACUCAUCCACGAAAGUAAACGCGCAGUAAAAUUAGUCUCUAAUUAAAUAAUAUAUAUUUUAACGUCAAGUACACGAAGCGACGUAUUUGAGGGAAAAAAACGAGAGAGAGAGAGAGAGAGAGAGGGGAAAAGAGUGGAAGAAGAAAAAAGCAAACCCUGCCUUGCCGUCAGUCGUAAUGAAGGUUGAUAUUAAUUAAACGAAAAAAAAUAAAAAGCGUCAUAUAUAAAUACGAGAAAAAAAGCAUACACGAAAGAAAAAUAGAACGCGAGCUCUCACAUUAUAAUUACAAAUUAUACCGUUCAAUAAAUUUUGUUUGUCGUUUUA